AUGCCCCCCUCUAGCUCACAUCCAACAACCUACCAAGGCCCAACCGAUGACCCCGUCGUUCGACCAGCCGUAAUUGGGGCUGCUUGUUAUCCCAAAGCCUACCAUCCAGGUCAAGCAACACAGCGUAUCACAUUACAUUUCCACGGUGGCGCAUACGUUCUUGGUGGUUGCCGACCUCUAGAAAGCGGCUGGGGCCCCGUCGUCCUAUCCCGGCACAUGAAAGGACCGGUUUCACAGGUGCAAUACAGACUUUCGGUAGACGAUGAUUCAUAUUUCCCGGCUGCUCUUCAGGAUGGUAUAACGGCUUAUGCUUAUCUUCUUGAGGAUCUCGGGAUUGCUCCAGAAAAUGUGAUCCUAUCCGGCGAAUCCGCAGGCGCCCACCUCGUCCUCUCCAUCCUCCGAUAUCUCACCCACGAAGGGACCGGUACACUGCCCCUCCCCCGCGCAGCCCUCCUCUGGAGUCCAUGGGUAAACCUCCUCCCAGACCAAAGGACUCUCGACACACACCCCAGCGCGAGGGGGGAUUAUACAAAAGGCACCCUCCUAGAAUGGGGCGCAAGUCUCUUCACACCACCAGGAGGCGACAGAGGAAGCCCGUAUAUUUCACCGUUAUUACAUCCGUUCACGAGUCCCGUUCCGUUGUUUAUACAAACGGGGACGCAGGAGGUGUUGUAUGGUGACCAUGUGCGGUUUGUGGAGACGAUGCGAGAGGUGGGGACAAGGGUUGAGAUGGUGGAGAUUCGAGAUGCACCGCAUGAUACGUUUGGGGCGGGGAUGAUUUUGGGGUUUGCGAGGGAGGCGGAGGAUGCGGCUGAGCGAGCGGCGAGUUUUACUGAGGCUUUGGUGGAUGAUGGGGGUUGA